AUGGAAAUCAAAUUGUGGUGCUGCACCGCCAAGCUCUCACCCACUCCUCCACUUGCCAUGGCCAGCCCUAGCGUCGAUGAGAUAAUCUCGUCUCAGAUAUUCCUCGCCAAUCUGGCUGCCGCGCAGUCUUGUUCGACCAGAGAACGCUUUGGUAUCACUCAUAUCGUGUCGGUUUGCUUGGACUAUCCUUCAACUGGACCAAACCACCUGGUUAUACCAGUCAACGACUGCGAAUACGACGAUCUGUUAAUACACCUGCCUGAAACAUGCUCCUUCAUUGAGGAAGCACUUUCCCAAGGCGGUCGGGUCCUCAUUCAUUGCUUGAUGGGCGUAUCCCGAAGCACAACAGUCUUGGCCGCAUACUUCAUGAAAACGCGCCUACUAUCCGCGUCAGCGGCCAUAUCUUUCAUACGAAAACGACGGCCAUGUGUGCAGCCCAACUAUGGAUUCCUCAAACAGCUAGACGCCUUCCAGGCUUGUGGCUACGCGCCAGCUACUACCCACCCUGCUUACCGUUUGUGGAAGCGAAAGCAUAAGCAAGAUGCAGCCCAGUUCCUCAACUACUUUCUCGACACCGCUGCCAUUCUACCCAAGAAACUAUUUCUCAAUAGUGACUUUCCGAGUGAUUCUCUGCAGGCUGAGCUCCUGCUUUACGAGUUAGAGGUUACCCAUCUUCUGACCAUUGGGCCCGCUCAAGUGGCGGCCCCACUGCCAACAAGCAUAACUCACCAAAACAUUGAUAUUCCUCCGGACUCUUCGGACCAUUCUUUUUGUUUACCGUCGGCAUCUGCGUUUAUUCGCGAUGCUUUAGGGAGUGGGGGACGCGUCCUCGUCCAUUCGCUGCUUGAAGCACGGGCGUGUGUCGCAGUUGGCGGCUAUCUUAUGACAGAGCGCCAGAUCUCAGUCGAAGACGCCGCCAAGGUGAUUCAAGACGCUCUACCAUUGUUCAGCCCCUCCCUGCACUUCACCCGCGCCCUCACCUCGUUCCAAUCCAGUUCCGUACCAAAGUCGCCAUCUAGCUCAAAUGAUGCCGAUUUCAUGGUUCAGGCCGCUACGUCUCUGAUGAGCGAGUCCGGGAUCGACCUGAGGGCUUUCAGCGAUGUGCUGGUUGCCAUCCAGUUACAAAAACCUAGUGUGAAGAGGGCCAAGUUGGCGCAGGCGCCAACAAGUCCCAUUGCGACUGCAGCCACAUGA